UGAGUCACGCUAACAUCGUAUUUUCUUCUUCUCGUUUUCUCCCUGAAAACACACUUCUUUCUCCUAAAACUUCUGCUGCUGCUACUUUCAAUUACUUUGUUUUAAUGAAUUCCUAAAUCAGGGUUUCCCUCUUUUCUAUCUCUUUUCCUCACUUCCAUCUCCAAUUUACGAAUUGAAAUCUCGAAUUCGUAAACAUAGAGAGAAAUGGGUGUUUCCUUCAAAGUAGCUAAAACAGGAACUAGAUUCCGCCCAAAACUAAUCCAAUCUGAUGAUUUCUUAGAUGAUGAUGAUGAUAACAACAAUAAUGAUGAGUCUACCACUAUGGUUAAUUCUUCUCGAAAACCCAAGGGGGAUAUUAGUGAGGCUGCAGCUGGUAUAUCAGGUUCAUCUUCUUGUUCCGGUGGGAUUCUUGUUUCGGCAGGUGAAGUUUCGUUCACAUUGGAUCUCUACCAAGAUGGAUAUCUAAUCAGAAAGCCAACUGAGGACUCAGUUCUGGAUUCGAGAAAAUCGUUGCGGCCGUAUGAUAGGACAUCUGAGGUUGUCUUUUCUGCAAUUGAGUCUGGGCGAUUACCCCGUGAUAUCCUGGAUGAUAUACCCAGCAAGUACUUAGAUGGUACACUGGUUUGCGAGGUGCGAGAUUAUCGCAAGCGUCCAUCUGAACCAGGGAAUGUUGUUUCUUCAAUGGAAGGUUUACCUGUUAUUAGUAAAGUAUCUCUUAGGAUGUCGUUGGAGAAUGUUGUGAAAGACAUUCCAUUGAUGUCAGAUGAUUCUUGGACUUACAGUGAUCUAAUGGAAGUAGAGUCUCGAAUUUUGAAAGCCUUGCAACCGCAGCUUUGUUUAGAUCCGACACCAAUGCUUGAAAGACUCUGUAGUGACCCAGUUCCUACCAAGCUUAACUUGGGCUUAUCUGGUCGUCAAAAGAGAAGAUUGAGGCAAAUGCCAGAAGUGACUGUCAUGUCUAAUAAUCAAACACAUGGGAAGAAAGUUUUCAUUGACAGAUCAGGAGAUAUGGGAGCCGGUGAUGCUACUCAACGUGUACUUGAAAACACGAAUUCACAUAUUUCAAACAGCAGCCAGUUCAGACCUAAAAGCUUUGGUUCGGAAUCUUCCUCACCAGCAAAUCCUAUGUUACCCAACCAAUCCAGGUAUCAACAAGGGGUUGGAUACCAAAAGCUGAUGCAGGAUCAAAUAUCUGGGCCAAUUGUGAAUGCAUCUGGAGUUUUGCCCUCUAGUGGAGACUUGAUGAUGUCCUACAGCGACACUAUGAAUGGUGUUUCUUCUUUUCCUGGAAAGAGGGAACUCCAAGAUGCCCAGAUACCAAACUUAUCCCAUAUUAAUAAGAGAGCUAGGCAAACGCCAACCGGUCUCGAUGGCGUUUCACAGCAAGGUAUGGGAUCGCAGUUUGACACCAUCCCUGGGACUGAUCUAUUCUGGAAAAAUACCUUACAUCAGCAAGCAGAGUCUAAAGGAAUGCAAUAUGCUAAUGCUGGGGUUCCCAAGUUUCCGCCUAAGGUGCUUGAAGGGGUACCUAAUCAAGAUGCAUUUAAUUUGGAGCAGCAGGGAAUGAUAUACGGCAUAAAAAAAGAGCGAAUGGAAACAGAGAGAAUUGGGUCACAUGCGAUGGAAAUGGAAAACAACCAACUUGAUAUACAACAGGGACGAGUUAACCAGAGGAUACCAUCACAUCCAACAAUGAGAUCCCAUUUUUCUUCACAGAUGCAGUGGAAUAAUCUUGGGCAGCUUGCUGACAAAGAUUUAAGGAAGGACGACCAGUUUCAGAAAAGGAAACAAGUGCAGAGCCCCAGGGUUUCUUCAGGACCUAUGGUUCAAUCUCCUGUAUCAUCAAAGUCUGGGGAAUUUUCUAGUGGCUCAUUAGGUCCCCAACUUGGUGCAGUUGCAGCUUCUGCGUACGGAUUAUCACAAAAACCAACUGGUCUUUCUGCUGCAACAAUUGGUGGGAUCCCACCCAUGGCAUCUAGUCCGAGUGAUUCCAUGCAGCGGCAACAUCAAUCACAAACGGCUCCUAAGCGAAAAUCAAAUUCCGUUCCUAAAUCCCAAGCGAUGAGUGGAGUUGGGUCUCCUGCUAGUGUCAGUAAUAUGAGUGUCCCGUUGAACGCGAACAGCCCUUCAGUCGGUACGCCACCUUUGGCAGAUCAGUCCAUUCUCGAUAGGUUUGCAAAGAUUGAAAUGUUGUCACAAAGGCACCAACUCAAUAGCAAAAAGAACAAGGUUGACAACUUCCCUCCAAAGAAACCCGUUUUGCACUCUAGUCAACAACUCCAAAUGUGUCUCUCAAAUGUUUCUAACUAUGAGGACUUCAAAGACGCAAAUUGCGUGACACCACUAUCGAAAUCGCUUAUAGGUGGGAGCAUGAACAUUUGUAAAAGGCGUGCACUUGAAUUCUCUCAAGGUGAGCGUAGACUCCAAGGCUACGUUGUUCCUGUUAUUCAUAAACGAAAUCUGCUAAUCUUGUCUGAGAAGCAUGAUGGCACUGUAGCAAUCCAGUAUGGAGACAUAGAUGACAAUGAACUCCAGGUUUCUGAGGAAUAUAUGCCAAGUUUGCCCAACACGAAUUACGCGGAUCUGCUUGCUGCACAAUUUCAUUCUCUGAUGACACAUGAAGGAUUUCAACUUAAAGAUGAUCAGAUCCGACCGAAACCAACCCAAAAUGUUGCUACGAAUUAUCAAUCUAAUGGGCUUGGGAUUCCUUCCGAUGCCAUGUCAGCUGAAAUGCAACGACACCCAGAAACAAUUUCUUCACAGCCAUCAUUUGGAGCUGGCGCACCAGCUAACAGUGGGAAUCAUUCUCAAAUGUCUUCACAGAAUAAUUCAAGCGGUUCAAGGAUGUUGCCUCCUGGUAGCAACCAGUCCAUUCUUUCUCAAGGGUUUAUAUCAGGUGUUGGAAUGUCUCAACCACAAAAUGUGAACCCUCAAUCAUCAGUUCAGAACCAACUACAACAAAACCAGAACCCCAUGGUUCAACAACAGCAACAUCCUCAGAUGCAGAGGUCUAACGUAAUGCUUUCAACAAACCCACUAGCUCAAAUGAAUUCUCUAGGGCAAAAUUCGAAUGCGCAGUUGGGUAACAACAUGAUGAAUAAACAGUCGCAGCUUCAGCUUCAGCUGUUACAGCAGCAACAACAGCAGCAACAACAACAACAGCAACAACACUUUCAGCAACAGCAACAACAAUUGAAACAGCAACAGCAGCAGCAGCAGCAGCAGCAGCAGCAACAACAACAACUACAGCAGCAGCAACAACAACAAUUACAGCAGCAGCCACCACAACAGCAGCAGUCGCAACAGUCCCCUCAGCAACAGCAACCUCAACCUCAACAAACUCAGCUGCAGCAGUUGUCCCCUCAACAACAACAACAAACACAGCUGCAACCUCAACAACAGCAAACACAGCUGCAGCAACUGUCCCCACAACAGCAACAAUUACAGCAGCAACAACUGCAACAGCAACAACUGCAGCAGCAACAACAGCUGCAGCAGCAACAGCAACAACAAUUGCAGAGGAAAAUGAUGAUGGGACUUGGGACAGGCAUGGGCAUGGGGAACAUGGGCAAUAAUAUUGCUGGUCUCGGAGGCCUUGGCAAUGCUAUGGGAAUGGGUAAUGCUGUGAGAGGAAUGGGGGGAACUGGGAUUUCAGGACCUAUGGGUGCUAUGACUGGCUUGGGCGGCAUGGUUCAAAAUCAAAUGAGUCCAUCUCAGGCUUCAAACAUUUCCAAUGCGAUAAAUCUACAACUUCGUAGCGGAACUAUAACUCAAGCUCAAGCUAAUGUAAUGGCAGCAAAACUCAAGAUAAUGCAGAACCGAACAAACAUGUUAGCGGGGGCUCAAUCUGGAAUUACGGGCAUGACAGCAACAGGGCAGAUGCUCCCAGGGUCUGGUGGUAUGUCAAUGUUGGGUCAGACGUUAAACCGAGCUAAUAUCAAUCAACUACAGAGGGCAACCAUGGGUCCUCCAAAAAUUCCGGGGACGAGUUACUACAUGAACCAACAGCAACAACAACCACAAAACAUACUUCUGCAACAACAGCUGCAACAACAACAACAGCUGCAGCAACAACAACAGCAACAACUACAACAACAACAAUUGCAGCAGCAGCAGCAGCAGCAACAACAACAGCAGCAGCAGCAACAACAACAGCAGCAGCAAAUACAUCAGCAACCACAACAACAGCAGCAAAUACAUCAGCAACCACAACAACAGCAGCAACAAAUAGGAUCUCCAUUACAAGCUGUUGUUUCAUCACCUCUGGUUGGUUCCCCGUCAGCAAAUCAAUCGCAACUGUCCCAACAAAUGUCCCCACAGAUGCAGCAAUUUAGUCCACAGCAAAUCAGCCAACAAACUGCAAUGAGUCCUCAGUUGAGCUCAGGUUCGAUGCCACAAGUCACUAAUAUAGCUGCCAAUACUACAGUCACUCCAGCAAGCCCACAGUUGAGCUCACAAACUCUUGGCUCUGUUGGUAGCAUCCCCAGUUCUCCGAUGGAGCUUCAAGGAAUUAGCAAAAGUAAUUCUGCCAGCAAUAUGUAACAUUCAGGGUUGUCUAUGCCUACAAGUGACAGAAGUAUUGAGCAUCUGGCUGUGGCACCCCUUUCUCGGGGCCUCUAAAUUUGUACUUUAUUAUUCUGUAUUUUUAGUUAUUGUAUUUGUAUGUUCUUAGAUACAGUCCAUUUUUUCCUCUACCUUUAGGCCCUUGUGUAGAAAUGCAGUAUUUGGAUUAUUUUCUUAGGAAGAUAAUGUCUUCACCAGUGUUGUAAUUUGUAAACCCAUCUUUGUAGUAAAUAAAAGAAAAUUAUGUUUAUGUCACAA